AUGAAGACAGGCUUGUUGUUUCUCGUCAGCGUUUGCAUGUAUGCGGUCGCCGCAAAUACUUUACGAACGAACAAAACCCAUCGUGAAGUUGUAGUGAAUCAACUUUGUCAGCAUUCGGGUGCUAACACCCUCAAGGAAAUCACUACGCAACUCAAAAAAGAAUUUGAAACAUUGAAGAAGGAACUUAACAAACUGAUAAAUCAGAUAAAGAUGAACAAGACGGAAAACAGAGGUAUAGUUUUUGGUAUUCAGACUUGGUGGACGAAAGCCAAUGAAUACGAACUAAUUGAUAAUAGAACUGAUAAAAGUUUAUAAUUCAAUGCUAAGUGAGAUCCUUAAGCUACCCAAAAGGAAUUGUAGACAAGCCGUGGAUCGCUCGUUUUUCUUACGCGAGGCAAUGAAUACGAACAAAUUGAUAAUACGACUACUAAAGUCUUGCUAAGUGCAUGGAUCUUAAAAAAGCUUCCCAAUCGCUUCCUCUCUUAUGUGUUUGUAUCGCUCUAAAAAUGAUAAGGUAUUCCCUGAGUGGGGACACGUCAUCGCAAUGAUCAAGUUUAGAAAGUUACACCGUCAAUUUCAAACUUUAAAUUUCCUCAGCUUAAUCAAGGAACGUUUAUCAUUCCCUCCGCAGAUAGCUAAAGAACAGCUAAAGAACUGUUAAAGAAGCCGACGAUACUGACGGACAAUGAACAGAAGAAAAAUCUUAGCUUCCUCAUAAUUGUCCCGGAAUUUUUGACUAAAAAAAGUAAUCCGGGGAGUGGAGCGACUUUUAAAAUAAACUGAAAAAAUCUCCCUGAAGAAUUCCUUUAUUUCAAGCCAAUGUGUUCAAUCUAGUUGUAUCAAAAACUGGAUACCUAUAGCAGUCGCUUUGUAAAAAAGACAGGUUUUUAUUAAUAUAUUUUGCAUAUUAGUAUGGCUAUUCAUCUACAGCAAAUGGACCACGUCGGCCACGUGUCAGAUACAAGCUAAAAGAAAAGAAAAUUAGCAUACUAAGUUUAUUGCUUAAUUGAUCUAAAUCGGCUCGAGAUGAUUCUGUAAAAUAAUCUUCGCUUUACUUCAACGACUUUACUCAAAACAUUUAAUUUUCGCUUCUUUAUAGACGGGUGGAUAAAGCUGAAUACAAACUUGGUGUGUUUUGGAGCCAAAGACAACCGGUUUGGCAAGUUCCUUGUUCCGUCCAGCGGCAAACUGGCAUCAGUCAAACUGGUCCACGUGUAUGGUUAUGUGACGUGUGAUACUAGCAAAGCUUACCAUUGGUCUUAUUGGGGAUGCAACCAACACUCUAGAGUGAAAAACCAUGUAGACGCUGUAAUAACAACAUCAAGCGGUAGCAUUCUUUUGCCUUCGAGCCAGUUCAUAACUGAUGCACUGAAGUGGUCUUUGAUUCCUGGUUACAACUCACUUUCUCCAGAGCUGGUUCUGUCUGCUUUCUCCAAUCCUCUAUCCGUGACUCGAGGACAGGAGCUUCGUUUGUGGUACGGCGAAGAUUUGGUGAAUAGCCAUGAAAGCGACAAUGGAGGAACAUCGUGCUGUGAUGUUUAUGCUCGCCUGAUAUAA